AUGAUCAGUAUAGUAUAUCAAUUGAUACUGACACAGUCUCUAAAAUUACCUUGGGCCAGUGCAAAGACGGAAGAUGUGCUUCAAUGCAAACAAUGGGCCGUUCAGUCACAGGCAUUUGUGAAGAUCCAGUUCCUGAGUGAAUCUUCCUUGCUGUCAGCUGUCAGUAUUGUUGGACCAGUCUCUGUUGGCAUUGAUGCCUCUCACAUUUCCUACCAGCUGUACAACUCUGGUGUGUAUUACGAGUCCCAGUGCUCACAGCUGAUCCUGGAUCACGGAGUUCUGGCAGUUGGCUACGGCACAGAGGGUGGAGAAGAAUACUGGCUCGUUAAGAACUCCUGGGGUACCAGCUGGGGUGAGGAUGGAUACAUCAAAAUGUCUCGUGGUAGAAACAACAACUGUGGUAUUGCUACUGAUGCUUCCUACCCAACUGUCUAGAUUUUAAAAUAUUCAUCAUUGACCCCUUGAAGAACUUCUCCUUGAAUCUAGCAAUGGCAAAGAAGGCUCGUUCAGUGAAUCUUGCUGAUGCAAUAUUCAACAGACACUUCAGUCAAAAAUCCCAACAGGCUUCAAUUUGACUGACUGAUCACUUACACCUGCUCUUAAGUGAAUGUUGCUAAGCCAUCUUUCAACAGGCACCCGAGUAAAUACGUAAUUCCAACAAGCUACACCCUGACUAACUGACCUGACUAACUGACCACUUCAAGUGAUGCUAAAUUCAACAUAGGCCAAAAAACUACUUUGAUAAGCCAGUCAGACAAACAUAUAUUACUACUUUAUCAGUCAUUAUAAAUAAGUAGUUGACCACUUGAAGGGAACUUAGUAAAGUGCAACAACUUCAAAAGGCCUAUGACAAGCACUUAUACUCUUAUGGUGCCAGUAGAGAGAGGUUAAUGAUGUAAAUUUGCAAUAAAUCUAGAUUUCAA